CACUCUAAUUUAACUGCUUCUUUAUAUUUCAUCACCAAUUUGAUCAUCAGACUUCUUUCCACUCUAAUUUGAACUGCUUCUUUAUAUUUCAUCCAAAAGAAUAAUUCAAUUGCAGAAACAAAAAUGGGAACUUUUACUGCUCUUGCAAGAUCUCUGGGUCGCCACUACAUAAAAAAAUCAAAAAGCCGUAAUUUUUCUCACUUGUUCGAUUUGGGCAAACUGAUAAUUUCUUCAGAUAGUUCUAUUCCUAACUUUGAUGGCAGUUUUCAGCAAUUCCAAAGCCGUAGAACGCUUAUUUUGGAUUCUCUCGUUUCUGAAUCAGUGAAACUACAGAGAUUUUCCGAUUCUGAUUCCGGAAUUAUUGAGGUGAAUUUGGAUAGGGCAGGAGCAAAAAACGCUAUUGGGAAGGAAAUGCUUAGAGGGUUACAGUAUACUUUUGAAACAAUUAGUAAAGAUGAUUCUGCUAGUGUUGUUAUGAUUUGUAGCUCUGUUCCAAAAGUGUUCUGCGCAGGAGCUGAUUUGAAGGAGCGUAAGACAAUGACUCCAUCUGAAGUGCAAGAUUUUGUCAACAGGCUGCGAUCGACAUUCUUAUUUAUAGAGGAACUUUGUAUUCCUACCAUUGCUGUUAUUGAAGGAGCAGCCUUGGGCGGUGGACUUGAAAUGGCUUUAGCAUGUGAUCUUCGAAUAUGUGGAGAGGAUGCAGUGUUGGGCUUGCCAGAAACAGGACUUGCUAUAAUUCCUGGGGCUGGUGGGACACAAAGACUUCCUAGACUGGUUGGAAAAUCAGUUGCAAAGGAACUUAUAUUUACAGGUCGGAAGGUUGGUGGCAGAGAGGCGAGCUCAAUUGGUAUAUUUACCAGGGAGUGCAGCCUUGUUAAUUACUCUGUGCCUGCUGGUGAAGCUCGUACCAAGGCUCUUGAAAUUGCUCGGGAAGUUAAUCAGAAGGGUCCACUAGCAAUAAAGAUGGCAAAAAAAGCCAUUAAUGAGGGACUGGAGGCAGAUUUGGCAUCGGCUUUGGAAUUGGAAGAAGAGUGUUAUGAACAGCUCUUAAACACAAAAGAUCGCUUGGAAGGCUUGGCAGCAUUUGCUGAAAAGCGGAAACCAAGAUAUACCGGGGAGUAAAUGACCUGAAAAUGACGUUCGCAAUCAAUUUUUCAACGAAGCUUCAGAAAGAGAAACCGAAGUAUCUGGGAAUAAAGUGAUGCUAAUAAGCAAUUUCAAGCCUGAUAACUAAUAUAAAUUGUGCUGUUCUGCAGGUUAGGCAUAAUUUGUAUUACAGUUCAUCUUCUAUAUUGUAAUCAAAUUAUUGCGGUGGUUUAGUGAAUGAUUGAUUUACAAACUUGCAGAAAA